AUCGCAUCUUCAGAAAGAGAAAGCUAAAGAAAGAAAAAGAAAGCAAAGAAUAACGUUGGUGUCAGGUCAGGUGCUCUCCUCCAUAGCCGUUUUCUUUAGCUUCUCCAUUUCUUAAAAGAAUAAGAAUAUAUUACACUUUGACGCCAUUAAGCUUUUCCCCCCGUUUUGCUCCUCUUCUUCCUCUUCUUUUUCACUGUACCUUUUUAUAUAGAGAGAGAGAGAGAGAGAAAGUAUCCAGAGGUUCCUAAUGAUAAUUGCUGCGUACGGCAGAUAGUGCGAGCGAGCGAGCGAGCAAGAGAGAGAGAGAGAGAGGGAGAGAAAGAUUGGAUACUGGGUUUUUAGAUUUUUUUAGAAAAUUUUCUGAAGAAGAGGAAGAAGAAGAAGAGUUGAGUUGCAGAGUUGGUUUUGGAAAGAAUAUGGGAUCUUCUUCCGGACAGAGCAGUGGGUAUGAUCUAUCAUUCAAGAUCUUGUUGAUCGGAGAUUCAGGCGUGGGAAAAAGCAGUCUUCUUGUCAGCUUCAUUUCCAGUUCUGUAGAAGAUCUAGCCCCUACUAUUGGUGUGGAUUUCAAGAUCAAGCAGCUAACAGUGGGUGACAAGAGAUUAAAACUUACAAUUUGGGAUACUGCUGGACAGGAGAGGUUCCGAACAUUAACAAGCUCUUACUAUAGAGGUGCCCAGGGGAUUAUUCUUGUUUAUGAUGUGACACGAAGGGAAACCUUUACAAACUUGUCGGAUGUGUGGGCUAAAGAAGUGGACCUUUACUCUACAAAUCAAGAUUGUGUUAAGAUGCUUGUUGGGAACAAAGUUGAUAGAGACACUGAAAGGGCUGUAAGUAGAGAAGAGGGUAUGGCUCUUGCCCAAGAGCAUGGAUGUUUGUUUCUUGAAUGUAGUGCCAAGACCAGAGAAAACGUGGAUCAAUGUUUCAAAGAGCUCGCAUUGAAGAUAAUGGAGGUUCCUAGUCUUUUGGAAGAAGGAUCCACGGUAGUGAAGAGAAACAUUCUGAAGCAGAAACCAGAAUACAAGGCUCCUCCUAGUCCUGGCUGUUGUGCUUGAAUGAUUUGCAGACAUGAUGGCAAAUGAACAGAACCUUCUCCCCCUUCUUAACACCUCGUGGACAGAUCAUGUAUAUGUUAAUUUCUUUUCCUAUUUUUCAUUCUGCCGGUGUUGUCAUUGAGAUGCAGUUAGCUACUGCUAUACCAUAAAUUCUGGGGAAAAUUGACACUUGAAUAACAAGUGUUGGUUUGUGUAAA